GCUUUAAACGAAAAUCGAAGCUUAUUAAUUUUCAACAACUUAAUGUAACGCAAAUAAAUGAUGUCUUGGAGAGUAACAAAGGCAAUAAGAAGAAAGGAAAACCUGAAAAGAUAAAGCCAAUCCUCGUAAAUAAAGACGAGCCAUCAGUCAUUGUGACUGAAUUAAAUCCCUCGCAAUCUUCCUUGGCAGAGGCUAACCAUUUUGAUCUUAUUCAUCCAAAGGAUGACCUUGAACUCGUGCGGAGUCAUAGUUUUAAUAGACGAAAGUAUAAUAUCAUGUCGAGCAAGCAGAUUACUGAGACUGUGGAGAAAGUCAACAAGUCACCAAAGGAUACUCCAACCAAAUCGAAGAAAAAUAAUAAGGAUGCUGUAAAGAAGAAAGAUGAAAAUAGUAAAGAUGAGAAACAGGACGCUAAUACUUACACUAAUGCAUCAUCUGCUAAUAAAGAAGCUAUGAGGGAAAUAAGGGAGCAGCAGAAGGAAACACCAGUAAAGGAAGUAAAGGAAGUUGUCAAGGAGGUAGUCCAACAGUUACCAAAUAGGGAACCCAAAAAGACGAAAAAAAAGAAUGACAUUUUAUCCCAGAUCGAUGGGGAUGCCGUUAAUGUUGAAUUAUUGAUGCUAUGUAUUCAGAAAGCAGAGCUUAGUCGAUCUGAAAUACAGAUCCUCACGAAUCAACUCUUGAAUAAACAGCAGGACAAUCCGUCGUUGGAGCAUUCUGAGUGGACAGAAGGUCGCGCCGACCCCGUUAUUAAGUUGAAAAAACAAUUAGCGGAAAAAGAGAAAGCAUUAGUCGACGAGCAUGAAGCGAGCGUGGCCGUUCAAAACAAGUUGAAGGAUUUGCGAGCUGAAUUUAAUUCAGAGAGAUCUAGACUGUCGGCGAACAUUCGACAACUUGAGGAAUCAUUGAACGCCAAAAUCACGGAGACUCAGACAUUGCAUACCCGAAUGCAACAUAUUUUGGAAAGUCACGUUGCAGAGAAGCAAGGUUUUGCUAGGCAAAUUGAACAACUGCAGGCCAAAGUAAACGAGGAUGCCGCUAUUAUUCACAAAUUGCAAGAAGAUCAAGGACAGACUCAGGGCCACUUGCAGCAAGAGUUGAUGGCGCAGCGAAAGCAAAUGGAAGUGCAAUUCGCUCAGAUGCGCGAUAAUGAGAAUGCAUUGAAAUCACAAUUGGCCCAGAAACAUGUGGAGAUGCAGGAUCUGCAAAAUGAGCUCGCAGCGACCUGUGAUAGCAGCACCGCAGAGAUAGAUAUGUUACGUCAGCAAAUAGGAUUAAUGCAAAAUCAAUUGAUGCAUUCGGAAGGACAAUUACAGCAUUUCAAGGAAGCAAACGAUCGACUACAAGAUGUUGCUAGACAACUUGAGGAAUCUCAUCGUGCACACACCGAUUUAGAUCAUAGAUUGAAAAACGCACAUCGCCAUGAACAAGAAUUGCAGAAACAAGUAAACUCACUGCAGGCUGAAUUAAAUCAUACGAAAAAUGAAGCCAAUGAAACGCCUACCUUAAAGGUGGAACUUAGCAAGGCUCAAACAGAACUAAUGAAAUUAAAAUCAGAGCUGUCAGCCACGAUGAACGAAGCUAAUUCAGAAGCGGCCGAAAUUAUAGCCCUAAAAAAUGCAUUGAGUAGCAAGGAAGACGAACUAAAGAGAUCGCAGGAUAAAUUUUAUGCCAUACAGAACGAUUUGCAACAAUCCAGCAUGCAAGUCACACGUAUGGAAUCCGAAUUAAAUUCCGUACAAAAGAAGUUGGAUAUGCUAAAGACUGAUUUUGAUAGGUCGGAAUGUAGUUUGAAAGAAGCAAAAAACGAUGCGAACCAGUAUCAAAACAAGCUAUACACACUACAGGAAAAGUUAGCAGAUUCACAGAUGGAAUUAGGUAUGGCUCGUAAUCAGAUUAGAGACUCCAAUGCAAUGACAAGUGAAAUAAAGGCGUUACAAACCGAAAUAAAUAGACUACAGAGCAAUGAGAAAAAGGCGGGAGAUGAGCAUCUUCGAAUUGUGAAACUGCAAGAAGAAAACGAUAGACUGCGUACUGAGCUUGCGAAUGCUAUAGAGAAACAAAAAGAGCUUCAACAACAGCACGAAGAGAAGAAAGUCCAUACGGAUGUAGUAUUAGCCACUACUACUGAACCCCAACAUGCCAAUUUAGAGGAAAAGGCUCUACUAGAAAAAUUAACAGCUGAGUUAACGCACAAGGAAGAGGAGCUUAAUAAGAUAGAUGAACGGUUACAUAUACUAGAAAGUGAUGCAGACAAACAUCAAUGUUUUAUCAGGCAACUAGAAGAAGCUUUGGAGGCCCAAAAAUCUAAAAAUAACGAGCUACGCACAAAGAAUUGGAAAGUAAUGGAAGCUCUUUCUGCUGCUGAGUUGCGUGCCAAGUCCAAUGAUGAGAGAGGUGUUAAAGAGGCAACACAAAAAAUUAAAGAAGAACAAGAAGAAAUAACUAAGGCACUUCUACAGAGGAUAUUCCCCGAGAUUAAUGUGUCUGAGAAAACACAUGAACAAUGGCUCAAAUCUUUUGAAGAUAAAAUAUCUACUAUUCUAAAUGAAUUAAAACAGAAAAACACGGAUCAGAUAAAUCCAGAUUUGGAGAGACAGAACAAAAAUCUGCAAGGCAUGGUUUCACAUUAUAAACGGAUUAUCUAUGAUACGGAAGGUAUGCUUAAUAGACUACAAAGUUAUAUAGAAUCCGAGGAAGCAAAAUGGCAAUCGCAACUUCGGCAAAGUGAGAAUGAAGUGGCGAACCUUAGAGUAGAACUUAAUGAUAUGCAAGCGAAAUUAAUCUCAAAUGAAGAGUUCAAACAGAGGAUAAAAGAAUUAGAAGAUCGUGCAGAGCAGAAUCGUACUGAAAUAUUACUUAAAGCACAGAGAGCCACAUCUUGUGGAGAUGGCAACGAGCUUGUCACUUUAGAACAAUUACAAGAGGAAAAGGCUCGAUUAUCGCAAGAAUUGGAAGUAGAAUGCAAUAAGAGGGCAACGUUGGAUGCCGAAGUUACAAAAUUGCGUUCCCUUGUUGAAACUAGUGAGGCGAGUUUAGUAUACGAAAAAAAUCUUGUCACACAGCUUCAACAGGAAGUGUCUCAACUCAAGAACGAAAUUUGUGGCGGCUGUAGCAGCUCAGAGCAGUCUAUGCUAAACGGUCCCCCCACAUCGGAUUCUCUUCAGUCCGAGCCUCCUCCAGCGUCUCAGGCUCUGAUAGCUGCGUUAGAAAAUACUCUGCUCAAGAAUGCAGAGUUUACAAACUGUUCCAUUACCAAACCUGUCAAUUUGGUCAGUCAAUCUGAACAAGAAAUUGAGAACAACUCCCUUACUACAAAAUACUCCUCCAAAUCUUGUCAUAUGACCGAUCACAACACACAGGCUAAUUGGAACUCAAUGAUUGGCCAGCAACAUAAAAAGCACAAGAAAAAGCGGAAGUCCACUAAGAAAACCAUGGCAAAACGGCGCAGAUUCGCAGGGUGGUUCAGGAAAAAAAUAACUUCGAAAAAUAAACUACGCUAGUGCAGUGCGAAUACUGGUGGUUAAAAACGUGGGAUGCGCAAAUGCGAAAAAGCGGACGCAGCAUUGCUAUAUAGGUAUAAAUGGCAUACUUUGCUACUCAGAAGACUAAUAUAAAGUGAAAAUAUUAAGGAUAAUGUUUAUUGUAAAAAAAUAUCAUAUUUUAUUAUGUGGAGAAAAUAUAAAUAAUU